AUGGAGCGAAUCCUGAAGGAGAAGGAGCUCGAAAUGGCUGUCUACCUUCAGGAGCGCCAGAUGAAGAUCGACGAGGAACUCCGAGAGAGGGAGUUCAAGCAGCGAGAGGCGAACCUAGAGGCGGAGAUGCAGAAGAAGGAGGAACACCUGAAGCGGAUCCAGAAGCUGGAGACCACAUUUCGGGACAAAAGCGCCUCCAUCGACAAGCUGUUGCAAAACAGCAGCACUCCGCUGCGAAACCCAGAAGUCAAACCAUUGACAACGGAAAACCUGGGAAAACACGACAAGGGCGGAAACUCUGGGGGCACACUAAGCAAACCGGCUUCCAAGAAGACGUCCAAUCGCUCCUCGUCGGGGUCCAGCACUACCAGUUCCGGCAGUGGCAAUGGCGACGCGGCUGAUACGAAAGGUGAUGGAAACGACGAGAAGUCGGUCAAGCCGGGAAAAGCUGAGGAUUCUGGAGAGAAGCCAGACGGGCUGGGGCAGCACGGUUCGGGUCCAACGAAGGCCCAGCGAGCUGCAAGACAAGGGCUGACAAGGAAGCUGCCAGACUUCCACGGCAAGCCAGAAGAGUGGCCAUUGUUCUUUGCAGCCUACCAAGCGUCGAAUGAAGCCUGCGGGUACACGGACGUGGAGAAUCUCGUGCGCCUACAAGACUGCCUGAAAGGCAGAGCGCUCGAGGAGGUGCGUGGCCAGCUCAUUCUGCCCAAGUCGGUUCCGCGUGUGAUCGCCAAGCUUCGCCAGAUCUACGGUCGCCCAGAAGUGCUGCUGCAAAGCCACCUGCAACGAGUGCGCAAGCUGGAGCCGCCGAGAGCGGACAAGUUGGGAUCGUUCAUCCCGUUCGGCAAUGCAGUGGAACAAUUGUGCGAGCACAUCGAGGCCGCAGAACUGACGGCGCACCUGGUCAAUCCGAUCUUGAUCCAGGAACUCGUCGACAAGCUUCCGGACGGGGAGAAGAGGAGUUGGGUGCACUACAAGCGCAAGAAGCGCGAAGUAAAUCUGCGCACGCUCACCAACUUUCUCUCAAAGAUCGUCGAGGAUACGUGCGAGGCGACGGUCAACCUGGACUACAAGCCGGACGUCAGAGCGGCGUCGGGACCGAGCGGCCGAAGCCGAAACAAGGAAAAAGCCGCACUGUUCAACCACAGCGUAGCCGAGGAAUGUACAGAACGGCGAGAGCCACAAAAGCUGUGCAGGGUGUGCCAGCGCAUGGAUCACCGACUGUGGACAUGCGAGGACUUCAAGAAGCUGCCAUAUGAGGAUCGAGCGAAGAUGGCGACGAAGUGGAAAUUAUGCCAACGCUGCCUGAAUGAACACGGCGGUCAAUGCAAGCUCAAACUUCGCUGCAACGUCGGAGAGUGCCGCGAGCCACACAAUCCUCUGCUUCACCCGGAGACGAGGGCAGUUGGCAUGAACGCGCACAUCACCUCCACCAGUCCCGUUCUGUUCCGGAUGCUUCCGGUCAAAAUCUACUGCGGUGAGAGAUCGAUGACCGUGCUCGCGUUCCUCGACGAGGGUUCGUCCCUCACCCUGAUCGAAGGUGGUCUAGCUGACCGUUUGGGACUGUUGGGGACGAAGGAGAAGCUCACCAUCAAGUGGACGGCCAACAUAACGCGAGUUGAACAGCAUUCGAGACGGACGAACAUUUGGGCGUCGGCGAUCAACGGUGCGAAUGGCGAGAAGCUGCUGCUGCAAUCCGUCCGCACGGUGGAAAAGCUGAUGUUGCCACAAACGAAGGUCGGCACGAUUGCCGAUCCGGUGGCAGUCCAGUGCAAGCUUGGCUGGACGGUAUAUGGACCUCGGGAUGCAGAGUCGGCGAGCGCGAGCUGUUUCCUCGGAUGCCACCAAGAAGUGACGAAUGAGGAGCUGCACGAUCUACUCAAAAGCCACUAUUCGCUGGAAGAAGCGGUGGUGACUGUGCAGCGGGAGUCGGUUGAGGACCAACGUGCGAGGAAGAUUAUGGAGGAAACUACACGUCGCGUGGGUGACCGCUUCGAGACCGGACUGCUGUGGAAAACCGACGAUGUCAAGUUCCCGAACAGCUACCCGAUGGCUGUAAAGCGGAUGAAGCAGCUGGAGAAGAAACUUGAGCGUUCGCCAGAGCUGUACGACAACGUCAAGAAGCAGAUUGAAGACCACCAGGCCAAGGGAUACGCGCAUGAAGCCACCGCGGAGGAACUGAACGGAACAAACAACAACAAAGCGUUCUACCUGCCGCUCAACGUGGUGGUGGACCCGAAGAAGCCGGGGAAAGUUCGGCUGGUCUGGGAUGCGGCCGCGACGGUAGAUGGAGUCUCUCUCAACUCUAUGCUGGCGAAGGGACCUGAUCUGCUUGUGCCACUGGUGUCGGUGAUCUGUGGGUUCCGCGAACGACGAGUUGAUUUCGGCGGGGACAUCCGCGAGAUGUACCACCAGCUAAAGAUUAUUUCCGGGGACAAGCAAGCUCAACGCUUCCUCUUCCGGGACAACAUCAACGAAGAGCCGAAAGUGUACGUGAUGGACGUCGCUACAUUCGGGUCGAAGAGUUCGCCGGCGUCGGCGCAGUACGUCAAGAACCGCAAUGCGGAAGAGCAUGCCGGUCAGUACCCGGACGCCGUGGCAGCGAUCAUCAAUCGGCACUAUGUCGAUGACUAUUUUGACAGCGUUGACACCGUCGAGGAAGCUGUCAAGCGAGCGAAGCAGGUGAGCCACGUCCACAAACAAGGAGGUUUCGAGAUCCGCAACUGGGUGUCCAACUCGCCGGAAGUGCUGACUGCUCUGGGCGAAGAGAAGCCGAUGAGUCCUGUGCUGCUGAACCAGGACAAGCAAACACCCAGCGAACGCGUACUUGGCGUGCGGUGGGACCCGGAGCUGGACGAAUUCGCCUUCGCCGUGAUGCACCGCGAAGAACUGAUGAAGUACCUGAAAGAGGGGAAAAGACCAACUAAACGGAUCGUACUGAGCUGCGUGAUGGGAUUUUUCGAUCCGCUCGGCCUGCUGUCGCCGUUCACUAUCCACGGGAAGAUCAUCAUCCAACAUUUGUGGCGGACCGGAUGCAGAUGGGAUCAAGACAUCGACGACGAAGCCUGGAUUCUGUGGAAGCGGUGGACGGCACUGCUGCCGGAAGUCGAAGCACUUCGUUUUCCCCGGAGCUACUUCGGCGAUGCGAUGUCCACGUCGGUCGAGAGUCUCGAGCUGCACAUCUUCAGCGACGCGAGCGAGCUGGCCUACGGUUGUGCGGCGUAUCUACGCGCGGUCAUCGACGGCCAAGUUCACUGCAGUCUCGUCAUGGCGCGAUCGAAGGUAGCACCGCUGAAACGACAAUCAAUUCCACGACUGGAGUUGAUGGCGGCGUGCAUGGGAGCGCGCAUUAGCCAGCAGCUCCUCGGAACUCACACGCUGCAGAUCAACCGUACCGUUUUCUGGAGUGACUCGAGGACUGUCCUUGCGUGGUUGCACGCAGAUCCCUACAAGUACAAGCAGUUCGUCGCCUUUCGGGUCGGGGAGAUUCUGGAGCUGACGAGACUGGACGAUUGGAGAUGGGUGCCUUCCAAGAAGAACAUCGCGGACGUUCUCACGAAGUGGGGACCUGGACCGCCACUGCAGAACGAUUCGGAAUGGCGGAACGGUCCGGCGAUACUGUUCGAGCAGGAUGACCACGACUCACCGCCUGAGCAGAUCGAGGAGACGAAUGAAGACGCACGAGGUGUGGUACUGUUCCACGGGACAGUCAAUGUAGAAGCGGUCUCGACGUGGACAAAGCUGGUGAGGGUGACUGCAACGGCGGUACGCUUCAUCGAAAAUUGUCGUCGCAGAAAGGACGGCCGUCCAGUACUGACUGCAAAGGCCACGAGUCGCCUAGCCAAGCUGGUCAAAGCGCAGCACGAGACGGAUGUCCAACCGCUGCAACAAGACGAGCUGCAGAAGGCCGAGAGGAUUAUGUGGAAACAAGCGCAGUUCGAGAGCUUCCCCGACGAGAUGAGUGUGCUGACGAAGAACUUACAACUGAAGCAGGGUGAGUUGCCAGAGAAGAUCGAGCGGUCAAGUCCGCUCUACAAGCUGCUGCCGGUGCUCGACGAGGAUGGGGUUCUGCGCGUUCGUGGGAGGCUGGAGAAGAACGAAUCGAUCCCGUUCGACAAGCGAUUCCCGAUCAUCCUGGGUCGAAAACACGACGUCACCAAGAAAAUCAUCCAGCACUACCACGAGAAGUACGGUCACGCGAAUCGGGAGACCGUGUUCAACGAGCUGCGCCAGAAGUUCUGGAUUCCAAACGCACGGGCCGCGAUCCUGGAGGUCGUCAAGGAGUGUGUGUGGUGCAAGGUGAACCGUUGCGUGCCGUUCGUCCCAACAAUGGCGCCGCUUCCGGUCGAACGCACUGCAGCAACCAUGCGACCGUUCAGCGCAGUAGGCGUCGAUUACUUGGGACCGGUCGAAGUCACGGUGGGGCGCCGCAGAGAGAAACGCUGGAUCGCAGUCUUCACGUGCUUAGCGGUCAGGGCGGUGCAUCUCGAAGUGGUCCAUAGCCUCACCCCGCAAUCGUGCCUGAUGGCCCUCCGGAGGUUCGCGUGCAAACGCGGCGUUCCAGAGAAAGUGUUCUCCUACAACGCUACGUGCUUUCGGGGAGCGGACGCGGCGAUGACGAAGGAGAUCAACAAGGAGUGCGCGGAGCAGAUGACGUCACCGACCACUUCAUGGUCCUUUAUUCCACCGGGGACGCCCCACAUGGGCGGGGCCUGGGAACGGAUGGUGCGAUCGGUGAAGGAGGCGUUGCGCGCACUUGACGACGGACGAAAGCUGACCGACGAAAUUCUCUCGACAUCUUUGGCCGAGGCCGAAGACAUGAUCAACACUCGGCCGUUGACGUACGUCCCUCAAGAUUCCGCUGAAGAAGAAGCCAUCACGCCAAACCACUUCCUGCGCGGGACGGUAACGAGCGCGGACCUCAAAGUGGACGAGACGGUGGACACCGCUGCUGCACUGCGAGAUGUCUACAAGCGGAGUCAGCAGCUGGCGGGCAAGAUGUGGGAGCGGUGGUCGAAGGAAUACCUGCCAUCGCUUAACCGGCGCCCGAAGUGGUUCGAGGAUCGGAAGCCGCUCGAAGCUGGAGACCUGGUGUUCGUGGUUGACGGCAAGAACCGGAAGAGCUGGGUACGAGGUCGAGUGGAGGAGGUCUUCAAGGGGUCGGACGGGCGAGUUCGGCAAGCGGACGUGAGGAGUGCGGACGGGAAGGUCAACAGGAGAGCCGUAGCGAACUUAGCGGUGUUGGAGAUAAUGGACGGUAAAUCCGACGUGCUGGAAUGCCCGACGGAUGUUACGGGCUGGGGUGUUGCGACCGCCAAGAUGGGAACACUGCCAUGCGGUGUGACGGCGACGGUGCAAUCGUCCGACACCGUCUUGGCUGUCAACACACGCGAAAAGGAGGAGCAAGCAAAAACAAAGUGCGUGUGUGACACCCAGCUUCAAGACACACGUUGCAAGUCACCAUUUGCGAAGAGUAAGGGAAUUUAG